CAUCUACGUUUUACGGUCCUGCUAGAAGAAACCCAAGAAACCUCAGACAUUCAUAAACGGUUUGAAAAGUGUGUUGUCAUCCGAAAAGUGUAGUGAGCGUUGUUAAUUUCAAACUCCAUUAAAUAAAUAUUUUGAACAUGGCUCUCCUUGGAGGAUAUUCAGCCGGCUCUUUUCCGGAUUACGAGGUCCAGGGAGCCAAAAAAGUACAUUUCAGUCCUUACGCCGACAAUGGAGGGAGUGUAAUGGCCAUAGCUGGUGAGGAUUAUGCGAUAAUUGCAGCUGAUUCACGAUUAAGUACUGGCUUCUCUAUUUUCACUCGUGAGCAGCAAAAGUUGUUCCCAUUGUCGAGCACUACUGUUCUGGGAUGCUCUGGAUGCUGGUGUGAUACCCUGACGUUAACAAGGAUUCUUGGAGCACGCAUGCAGAUGUAUAAACACGAGCAUCAUAAAGAUUUAAGUACACCCGCUACCGCUCAAAUGCUGUCAACAAUGCUAUACUAUAAAAGAUUCUUUCCAUACUAUAUAAGCAACAUUCUUGCUGGCCUUGAUGAGAAUGGUAAGGGGUGUGUGUUCAGUUAUGAUCCAAUUGGACAUUGUGAAAGAUCCAACUUCAGAGCUGGAGGUUCUGCUGGUGCUCUUCUUCAACCAUUACUGGACAAUCAGAUUGGUUACCAAAAUCAAGAAGGUGUUGAGAAAACUCCUAUAUCCCAGGAUCGUGCUUUGGCCAUUCUAAAAGAUGUUUUUAUAUCCGCAGCCGAAAGGGAUAUUUAUACUGGUGAUGGUAUUUUUAUAAAUAUUAUUACAAAAGACGGUAUCAAGUCUGACAAAUUUGAGCUAAGGAAAGAUUAAUUUGCUGAAAUUAUGCAAAUUCUGGAUAAUGAUAUCUGCUUUCUAAUAAAAAUAUGGUAAUUUCAAA